GCAGCGGGAUCAGCGGCCCCGUCGGGAAGUUUCCAGUCUGCGAGCGAGCGCCGCUGGACACGCCGGACGUUCCCAGACCCGGACCAUGCGGCUCCAGUUGCUCCUGGCCCCGCUGGGCUGGCUGCUGCUGGUCGAAACGAAGGGUGAUGCCAAGCCGGAGGACAACCUUUUGGUCCUCACGGUGGCCACAAAGGAGACUGAGGGGUUCCGACGCUUCAAGCGCUCAGCCCAGUUCUUCAACUACAAGAUCCAGGCGCUGGGGCUGGGGGAGGACUGGCAUGGGGAGAAGGAGAUGUCGGCAGGUGGAGGGCUGAAGGUUCGACUACUGAAGAAAGCCCUGGAGAAGCACGCAGACAAGGAGAACCUGGUCAUUCUCUUCACAGACAGCUACGACGUGCUGUUUGCCUCGGGGCCCCGAGAGCUCCUGAAGAAGUUCCGGCAGGCCAGGAGCCAGGUGGUCUUCUCUGCCGAGGAGCUCAUCUACCCAGACCGCAGGCUGGAGGCCAAGUACCCGGUGGUAUCUGACGGCAAGAGGUUCCUGGGCUCUGGAGGCUUUAUCGGUUAUGCCCCGAACCUCAGCAAACUGGUGGCCGAGUGGGAGGGUCAAGACAGUGACAGUGACCAGCUCUUUUACACCAAGAUCUUCUUGGACCCGGAGAAGAGGGAGGGGAUCAAUAUCACCCUGGACCACCGUUGCCGUAUCUUCCAGAAUCUGGAUGGAGCCUUGGAUGAGGUGGUGCUCAAGUUUGAAAUGGGCCAAGUGAGAGCAAGGAACCUGGCUUACGACACCCUCCCAGUCCUGAUUCAUGGCAAUGGGCCUACCAAGCUGCAGCUGAACUACCUGGGCAACUACAUCCCACGCUUCUGGACCUUUGAGACGGGAUGUGCUGUGUGUGAUGAGGGCCUGCACAGCCUCAAGGGCAUCGGGGAUGAAGCUCUGCCCACGGUCCUGGUUGGCGUGUUCAUCGAACAGCCCACGCCGUUCCUGUCCCUGUUCUUCCAGCGGCUCCUGCGCCUCCAUUACCCCCGGAAACGGCUGCGGCUUUUCAUUCACAGCCAUGAGCAGCAACAUGAGACUCAGGUGGAGCAGUUCCUGGCAGAGCAUGGCAGCGAGUACCAGUCUGUGAAACUGCUGGGCCCCGAGGUGCGGGUGGCGAACGCGGACGCCAGGAACAUGGGCGUGGACUUGUGCCGGCAGGACCGUGGCUGCACCUACUACUUCAGCGUGGAUGCCGAUGUGGCCCUGACCGAGCCCCAAACCCUGCAGCUGCUAAUUGAGCAGAACAGGAAUGUCAUCGCCCCAUUGAUGACCCGCCACGGGAGGCUGUGGUCGAACUUCUGGGGGACACUGAGUGCAGAUGGCUACUACGCCCGCUCCGAGGACUACGUGGACAUUGUGCAGGGGCGGCGUGUCGGUGUCUGGAACGUGCCCUACAUCUCAAACAUCUACCUGAUCAAGGGCAGUGCCCUGCGGGCUGAGCUGCAGGAGAUGGACCUAUUCCACCACAGCAAGCUGGACCCGGACAUGGCCUUCUGUGCCAACAUCCGGCAGCAGGAUGUGUUCCUGUUCCUGACCAACCGGCACGCCUUCGGCCACCUGCUGUCCCUGGACAGCUACCAAACCACCCACCUCCAUAACGACCUCUGGGAGGUGUUCAGCAACCCCGAGGACUGGAAGGAGAAGUACAUCCACGAGAACUACACCAAGGCCCUGGCGGGGAAGAUGGUGGAGAUGCCUUGCCCAGACGUCUACUGGUUCCCCAUCUUCACGGAGACGGCCUGUGAUGAGCUGGUGGAGGAGAUGGAGCACUACGGCCAGUGGUCUCUGGGAGAUAACAGGGACAACCGCAUCCAGGGUGGCUACGAAAACGUGCCGACCAUAGACAUCCACAUGAACCAGAUCAAUUUUGAGCGGGAGUGGCACAAGUUCCUGGUGGAGUACAUCGCCCCCAUGACGGAGAAACUCUACCCGGGCUACUACACCAGGGCCCAGUUCGACCUGGCCUUUGUUGUCCGCUACAAGCCUGACGAGCAACCCUCGCUGAUGCCACACCAUGACGCCUCCACCUUCACCAUUAACAUUGCCCUGAACCGGGUUGGGGUGGAUUACGAGGGCGGGGGCUGUCGGUUCCUGCGCUACAACUGCUCCGUCCGAGCCCCACGGAAGGGCUGGACUCUCAUGCACCCCGGGCGACUCACGCACUACCACGAGGGGCUUCCCACCACCAAAGGCACCCGCUACAUCGCAGUCUCCUUCGUCGAUCCCUAAUUGGCCCGGCCCGGCCACCACAGACCUUUUCCUCUUUGUCAACAACCACUGCCCAGCAGCCUCUGGGACCUCGGGGUCCCAGGGAACCAGAUCCAGCCUCCAGGCUCUUGACCUCUCAUUGCUCUUGGAGCUGCCAUCAGAGAGACUGGGCCACAGGCUAGAGGCAGAACACACCUCCUUGGCUGGGACUUUCCUGGUGCUCCGGACACAGCCCCGGGAGAAACUGUUCACUUUCACUGCUUUGUAGCAACUCAUCCUUUCCCAUUUCUCUUCCUGAAAAACCUCUUCCGGCAACACUUGAGCAGAAGAGGGGCUGACCCAGCUGCCCAGAGAGACUCUCGGGGUGAGAAGCCACGCCCCAGAGCUUCUCCCCGGCAGAGCUGCAGCCCUGGGGAAUUCUGCUUCAAGCUUCAGGGUUGACACCGAGACCUGGAUCAGACUCAAGUCCCCACCCUGACCGUGGGACUGCUGAAGCCCCAUCCUCCCUGGCUCCUAUCAUGAGAGCAAAACUCUGUCCCUUGGAGACGGUGACUCAGAAAACCUCCUGGGAGACAGGAAAUUCACGGAUGCCACAGCUCCAUCCUCUACUUGACCCUUGCUGGGGGCGCAGAGCAGGGAGUGCUAUGUCCACACACUGCACUGUGUCACCCUGUCUUGAAUGCCUCCAGAGAGAGGGACAGACAGUCAGAAACAGGAGAGUUUCUACUAAAGGUCAUUCAAACCACUGAGUGGGAGAUGCUGGGGUGGGCAGGUGUAUACAUGUCAGGGCGGGUGUCUGCAGGGAGAAGCUUUAACAGCUCACGAUUGGCAAGGAAGGCCGGCCGUGGGUGACUUGGCAGAUUGGGUCAGGCAGAUUGGGUGACUUGUGUUUCCCACACCCAGUCACAUGUGAUCUCCAUGUCAUUUGUAUAUUCCAUAAACCCUCCAUAUAAGCCAGG